AACAACGUGAACCAAAUGAUCUCAAAGAAUUACUGCAAGCAUUAAUUUGUACACUAACUUGUUUGAAGGGUAUGCAUGAAAGUAAGCCCAAACCGAUAAUGCACAGAGACAUUCGAUGGCCGAAUAUUAUUCGCCAUUAUGACGGAUAUCAAAGAUUUAUUUUAAUCGAUUUUGACUAUGCUGACUUUUCCCCUUCUGAUGAAUCUUUAUAUGAAUUUUCUGAAAGUGAUCAUGCUCCAGAACUGCUAAUUAAAGGGCAUAACUUUAAGGUUGAUAUAUGGGGCGUUGGAAACUUAAUUGGUUCAUGUUAUGUCACAGACAUUCCUUCGGAACUUUCAAGCUUCAGCACAGAUUUGUGUAAAAGUAAUCCCAAUGAACGACCAACUGCUUCAGUUGCUCUCGAUCGGGCAAAAGACAUGUUUAGAGGG